AUGGGUCCAAAAAAAGGUAAAGAUAAAGGAAAAGGCAAAAAGAAGAAAGCACCCGCUGUCCCAGAAUAUAUCCCUGAUAUUAAAUUAAAUGAAAAUGAUAAAAAAUUUUAUACAACACAAAUUGAAUUAUUAGAAAAACAAUUUGAAAGAUAUCAACAACGAUGUGAUGAAUUAAAAGCUCGACAACAAGCUGAAUUAGAUCAAGUUAAAACAUUAGAACAAGAUUUUGAAAUGCUUAAAUAUGCUAAAAAACAAGUUGAACUUAAAGAAGAAGAAAUUGCUGAUUUAAAAGAUCGUCUUGUUGGAUUAGGACAAGCUAAAGAACUUGAAAAAGAUAUGUUACAAAAACAAUUAAAUGAUUUAAAAAAUGAAAUAAAUGAUUUACGUGAACGUUAUGAAGCUGAAAAUAGUGAAUUACGGAAUCAAGUUUCUGAUUUAGAAAUAUUUCGUGCUAAACAAGAUACAUAUUUAUCUCAACGACAACGACAACAAGAUACAUUUCAAUUUCAAGAAGAAGAUCAUAUACGAAAAUUAGAAAGUAUUAAAACAAAAGAUCAAGUUGAUCGUGAUCGAUUAAAACGAGAUAUGAUACAAAAAAUGAAUCAUGUUGCAUCAGAAUUUCGUCGAGCAUCGAAUAAACAAAUGGCUGAAACAACAAAACGAACAAUUAAUGAAAAUGCACGUAUUGAACAAACAGUUGAUGAUAUGAAAGAUGUUACAACACGUGUUGAAAAUGAAAAUGAACAUAUUCAUGACGGAAAUAAUCAAGUAGAAAUGGGAAUUCAAACUUUAAAAAAUAAAGAACAACAUCAUGCAUUUCAACAUGCAACAUCAGCUGAAAUUAUUCAAUUACUUGCAAAUAUGUUAAAUAAUCAAGAACAAAUUAUUAUAAAAAAACAAGAAGAAGUAGCAAGAAUGGAUACUGCCGAAAGACGUAUGGAAGAAUUACGUUCAUCAAUAUUUAAUAAUGAAAAAAAUUAUCCAACCCUUCGUCAAGAAAAUAAAUCAUAUCAAGAAGAAUUGCAUGAACUUGAUCAAUUAAUAGCAGAAAAAACAAAAGAUAAAGCUAUUCUACUUUCAAAUUUACGACGAUCUGUUGGACUCAUUACAGACACACUUAAGAUUCGAGAAGAAGAAAAAGGUGCAUUAGUUCCUUCAGGACAACCACAAAAUCUUAUUGCACCUGAAAAGAGUGGCAAUCUUUUCAAAGAACUUCAUGAAAUUUUAACAUGUACAGAAGAAAUCGAUCUUGAUGAACAACCUCAAGCAUCAUCUAAUACUGAAGUCAAUCGUCCAACAUUGAAUGUUCGACAAGCAGGUAAACGUCGUGAUAAUCUUGCAUAUACACUUGGUGAUAUUGGUUUUGUUCCUCGUCGUGAUGCUGUUUUAUUAACUAAUUUUGAUAAAAUGCAACAACAAGUUUAUCCAGCACGUGAACGUGAUAUGGUUAGACGCACUGCAAAAACAUCUGUUGCAACACAAACACCCGGUCUUGGUCGAGGUACAUUUGGUUCUGAUGUAUCUCUUAAUCGUCUUGGCCCAUUUGAUUAUACUACUAAUGAAUCAACUCGUGAACAAUUUAAUCGGCCAACAUUUGGACCUAUUGCUCGUGUCCCUCAUGUUAUAUCAGCAACGAAUCGUGUUGUGCAAUAUCUUUUUUGA